CUCUCUCUCUCUCUCUCUCUCUCUCUCACAUCAACCAAAGGUCUCAGCCGGCAUCUCCAAUCCACCUGUGCCUGGGACUCAGACCACCACCAUGGAAUCGGUAUCCUCCACCAUCCACCACCACAUCGCGGCGGCUCUCCGCCCCGCCCCCAAUCCCUUUCCGAAAAUCCGUGCCCGUCAACAACUCGCGGUCGAUCCUCAUCCCAAUCCCGACCCCCAGAAAAUGAACCGUGCCACUCGCCUUGCCGAAUCGCUCUCGAGCCUCCUACACCUCCACACGGAAACACAUGCCCAAAAGAUUGUGCAGCCAUCGAAUUGGAAUUUACAUUUCGAUGAGGAGGACAGGCACAACACACCGGCGAUGUCUCCCAAGGAAAACAUAUCUGAUAAGUGGCGAGAAAUCCAUGGUUGCGGCGAUUGGCACAAUCUCCUCGAUCCGCUUUACCCUUGGCUGAGAAGAGAGAUAGUCAAAUACGGUGAGUUCGCGCAAGCGACUUACGAUGCUUUCGACUUUGACUCAUUCUCUGAGUUCUGCGGGAGCUGUAGAUACAGUCGUAACAGGCUCUUUGAGAAGUUGGGGCUUACGAAGCAUGGUUACACGGUGAGCAACUACAUUUACGCCAUGUCACACGUGGAUGUCCCCCAGUGGCUAGAGAGGUCGCGUCUCGGCGAAACAUGGAGUAAAGACUCCAAUUGGAUGGGGUUCGUGGCGGUGAGCGAUGAGGAAGAGUCGCGUCGAAUAGGAAGGAGGGAUAUAGUCGUUGCGUGGCGCGGCACGGUGGCGCCGUCGGAGUGGUACGAGGAUAUGCAAAGGAAGUUAGAGGCUAUAGGGCAUGGAGAAGCUAAAGUGGAACAUGGGUUCUUAAGCCUUUACACGACCAAGAGUGAUGCUACUAGAUAUAACAAGUCAAGUGCCUCAGAGCAAGUCAUGGAAGAAGUGAAAAAGCUAGUGGAAAUGUAUAGGGGGAGAGGUGAAGAAGUAAGCCUUACAAUCACUGGCCAUAGCUUAGGUGGUGCAUUGGCUCUCUUAAAUGCCUACGAAGCUGCGGCCUCAAUUCCCGGUCUUCCCAUAAGUGUCAUAUCUUUCGGUGCACCUAGGGUUGGCAACAUCGCUUUUCGAGACGAGAUUUACCAAAUGGGAGUCAAGACUUUGCGAGUGGUUUUGAAACAAGAUGUUGUCCCUCGGAUGCCAGGGAUUGUCUUCAAUGAGAGCUUACAAAUGUUUGACGAUUUCACUGGGACUCUGGAGUGGGUGUACACUCAUGUCGGAGCUGAAUUAAAGCUAGACGCACAGUCUUCCCCUUAUCUCAAGCGAAAAAUCGAUUUGCUAGGAUUUCAUAUGCUUGAGACGUACCUUCAUCUUGUUGAUGGUUUUCUAAGCUCAACCUCAACGUUUCGAUCCGACGCUCGACGGGAUUUUGCCUUGGUGAACAAGUCUUGUGACAUGCUUGUGGAUGAGUUGAGGAUUCCACAUUGUUGGUACCAAAUAGAAAACAAGGGGUUAGUGCGGAAUGCUCAUGGAAGGUGGGUUAAGCCCAAAAGGGAUCCAGAAGACAUUCCUUCACCAACUACUAUGGAAGAAGCCCAUACCUUUGUAAAGGAGGUGAGGGAAAGUCAUGAAGGACGACUUGAACCAUUGUUAAGUGUAUAAAACUUGAUUCUUUUAUUCUGUUGUCAAUCUUGGUUUGGUGUUAUUCCUGCCCUCAGUAGCGCCGGAUCCAAAGAUUAGGUGUAGAGGGCACUUAUUUGUUAUGCUCUUGAAAUUUUUUUUUUCCCCAAAAUUAAGUUCAAUGUUAUUUCCAGUCUUUUUCCAUCUAAUUUGAAUACACUUAUUUGUUAUGCC